AUCUUCCUCCACAGCAUCCAUCGCAAAAUCCACCUCAGCUAGCUACCCAAGCGCACGCGCCACCGCCCGCGCGCGAGCUGAGCUAGCGAUCAACACCGGUCGAACACCUAGCGAGCAUCACCACCAUCAUCACCAUGCAGGCGUACAUGGCGGUCGCCGCCGCUCCGGCGCCACCGGCCUCGCUGACGCUGCUGCCGCGCACCACCACCGUCAUCAGGGACAGGGAGCGCUUCGACGCGGCCGUCCCGGUGGCGCCGCUCGUGCUGAGGCAUGGCGCCGGCGUCAAGCACAAGGCCGUCGUGGUGAUGGGCGCCACGGGCACCGGGAAGUCACGCCUCGCCGUCGACCUCGCCCUGCGGUUCGGCGGCGAGGUCAUCAACUCCGAUAAGAUGCAGAUACAUUCCGGGUUGGAUGUGGUGACGAACAAGGUGACCGAGGAGGAGUGCGCCGGCGUGCCGCACCACCUGAUCAGCGUGGCGCGCCCCGACGACGAGUUCACGGCCGCCGACUUCCGCCGCGAGGCGGCGCGCGCCGCGGCGGGGGCGGUUGAGAGGGGGAGGUUGCCCAUCAUCGCCGGGGGGUCCAACUCCUACGUCGAGGAGCUCGUCGAAGGCGACGGCCGCGCGUUCCGGGAGCGGUACGAGUGCUGCUUCCUCUGGGUCGACGUAGAUCUCGAGGUGCUCCGCGGUUUCGUCGCCCGCCGCGUCGACGAGAUGUGCCGGCGAGGCCUCGUCCGGGAGGUGGCCGCAGCGUUCGACCCGCGCCGCACCGACUACUCCAGGGGCAUCUGGCGCGCCAUCGGCGUGCCGGAGCUCGACGCGUACCUCCGCUCCCGCGGCGACGGCGCCGACGAGGAGGAGCGGGCGCGCAUGCUCGCCGCGGCCGUCGCGGAGAUCAAGUUGAACACGUUCCGGCUCGCGUGCCGCCAGCACCGCAAGAUCGAGAGGCUGGACCGCAUGUGGCGCGCCCGCCGCGUCGACGCCACGGAGGUGUUCAGGAGGCGCGGCCACGCCGCCGACGACGCGUGGCAGCGGCUCGUCGCCGCGCCGUGCAUCGACGCCGUCCGGUCAUUCCUCUUCGAGGACCAAGAACGCAGCAGCAUCGCCGCCGGCAAACCUCCCCUCUUCGCCGCCGGCAAGGCCACUUCAGGCAACAUCUCCGUCUUCGCCUCCGCGGCCGCCGCCAUGGCGGCGGCCGCUGCAAUCUGAGAAGCGCAGGCACCAACCUACUUACAUACACAUACAUGACCAAACACAAAAACGCAGAGCACCAUGCCACUCUCAAGACAUUCAGGCUGCUGCCAAUCGCCAUUGCCGAUCAAAUUCAGAGCUCGUCAGUCGGAUCAAACGAUGAAGGCUGCUGCUUCUGCGGUCAACAUCUCGAUGACCUGCCAAUUGCAAUGCAAAGCAAGAUUGUUCAUAUACUGGUAACUGGUUGACUCCUUUUUGUUUUUGCUGUGUUUCUUUGUGAUAUGAGGAGAUUGAUGAAUUGCGCGCGAGAGUGUAACUUAUGAGUUUUGAGUUUUUUUUUUCUUUUUGGUUUCUCCUCUGAUUUUGGGUGUGUAACAGUAGGAGUAAAAACUAAAAAGUAUUGACUUGGAUGUUAAUUGGGGGAUUGAUGUAAUAGCCUCUCCUUGUAACAUAGAAAUCAUGAGCUGAAAUAAUUAAAUCGUUGAGACCUUGCAAAGAAAAAGGGGGAAAAACAAAAUAAGGAAUCUUGUGAAAGGGGAAUAUUUGGCAGUCUUUAUCAUAAUAUAUCAACUUUUUCAAGGUCUUCA